GAAGCAAAACACUGUUAGUCUGCAAAGCGGAAAAGCUGCUGCUAUUUGCAGAAUCUGCCAUCAACAUCUAUCAUGAUUACUGGAAAGAUCACAAGUCUCACUGUGACAGAUGUUCGCUUCCCAACUUCUCUGGGUCACCACGGCUCUGAUGCCAUGCACACAGACCCCGACUACUCUGCAGCUUAUGUUGUGAUAGAAACUGAUGCCGGAGAUGAUUUAAAAGGUCAUGGAUUAACGUUUACUUUGGGGAAAGGCACUGAAAUAGUUGUUUGUGCUGUGAAAGCUCUUUCAAGACAUGUUGUGGGCAGAUUACUUGAUGAUAUUGUGAAUAAUUUUAGAGAUUUCUACAGGCAACUCACAAGCGAUGGACAACUCAGAUGGAUAGGUCCAGAAAAAGGAGCAGUUCACCUGGCCACAGCUGCUGUUCUCAAUGCUGUAUGGGAUUUAUGGGCCAAGAAAGAAAAGAAGCCUUUGUGGAAACUGUUGGUUGAUAUGAAUCCAAAACAGUUGCUGUCAUGCAUAGAUUUCAGAUACAUAACUGAUGCAUUAACUGAGGAAGAAGCAUGUGGAAUUCUUGAAAAUGCAAAACAAGGGCAAAAGGCAAGAGAAGAAUAUGUGUUAAAAAAUGGAUAUCCUGCUUAUACCACAUCAUGCGCCUGGCUAGGAUAUUCAGAUGAGCAACUACAAAAGUUAUGUACAGAUGCACUUAAAGACGGUUGGACAAGAUUCAAAGUAAAAGUUGGGGCUGAUAAAGAAGAUGACAAGCGAAGAUGUAAACUCAUGAGACAGAUGAUUGGGCCUGAAAACAAGCUGAUGCUUGAUGCAAAUCAGAGGUGGGAUGUGCAUGAAGCUAUUGAUUGGGUCUCAACUUUAGCUGAAUUUAAACCUGUAUGGAUUGAGGAGCCUACAUCACCAGAUGAUAUCCUUGGCCAUGCAACUAUUUCAAAGGCAUGUGCGCCUCUUGGGAUUGGUGUUGCUACAGGAGAGCAAUGCCACAACAGGGUUAUGUUUAAACAGUUUCUUCAAGCCAAUGCUCUACAAUAUCUACAGAUUGACAGUUGUAGAUUGGGAAGUGUAAAUGAAAAUCUGGCUGUUCUACUCAUGGCAAAGAAAUUUAAUGUUCCUGUCUGUCCUCAUGCUGGAGGAGUUGGGCUUUGUGAACUGGUACAACAUCUGAUAAUAUUUGAUUACAUUUCAGUGUCAGGAAGUCUAGAAAACAGGAUGUGUGAAUAUGUAGAUCAUCUGCACGAACACUUUAAAUACCCAGUGACGAUUAGCAGGGCUGCUUACAUACCCCCCAAGGAUCCAGGAUAUUCGACAGAAAUGAAAGAAGGGUCUGUAACACAGUAUCAAUUCCCUGAAGGAGAUGUUUGGCAGCAGCUUAUUUUUGAGAAAAAUAUACAGGUUUAGGAAAAUAAUUUCAGUGAAUUUGUUUUCAUUUGCUUAAAUUAGAUUUUUUUAUCUAAUACCAACAAAUGUUUAAUUAAAUUCAAACCCUGUUAAAUAAACAUAAGUAUGAGGGUUCCACAUUUUAAAACCAUGCCCAAUAUAUACAUAGAUCUUCAUAUCAUUUUACAAUAACAAUAUAAAGAAAUAGAUGUUUAUAGAAACUCAUUACUGAAACCUUAAAUAGUUACAGACACUCUGAUCCAUUCAUUUCGGGGGAAAUAUUUGACUUCAUACUUUUAUAUAUUACUUUGCAAGUUUGAGCUAAAAAUAUUGCUUAAAUAAAUAUUAUAGUGACAAAAUGACAUGCUCUAAUUCUUGCUUGCACAAACAAUAAUGAACGAUUGGGUAUUAAAAGUUACAGUUGUUAAAAUGUUUAACCAAACUAUGUUUAAACCUCCUGAUACUUAUAUAGUGCACCCUAUACUUUCAAUGGGAAGUGGUAAUAGCUCGCUAAUUACACUCAUAUUACAAGUUGUCGGUUAAGUGUUGAGAUAGUGCAUAAUCACAAUACACAGUAGACCAGGGUCGAUACUCAGAAAAUGUUUAGACUAUAAUAGUCCUUUCACAUUGUAAUUAAUAUAGAGAUUUAGGGUCAGGCUACUCUCUUGCUUUCUCUUCCUUAAAGACACAUUGAACACUUUGAGAUGGUAAAAUAAAAUGAUAAAUUGUAUAUAUAAAUAAAAAUCUGGAACAUA